GUAGUAAUACAAACAGCACGAGCAUCCAUUCCACAGUUCCACUAGCCCAUAAGCCCAUUAACCUCAUUAACCCAUAUGUCAUCGGAUUAAACUGAAGUUACUCUCAUUGAAGACGCAGACGCAGACGCAGACGAAGACGAAGACGAGCACAGCCACAGCAGGCCUCUCCAACCUUCACCGAUUGGUAUGAUUCCAACCCAAUUACAAGGUUAUUAAUCUUAAUCCAACACCAACUACAAGGUUAUUACUCUCCCUCUCUCUGACGUGCUCUUCUUUCUCUCUCUAUCCCCGAGCAGACCCUGAACAGUGAACACUCGCCAAGACCCUCUUUGCCAAUUGGUAUGAUUCCAACCCAAUUAGAGAUCCAAGCCCAUAUGCUAAUGGAAGCCCCUGUAUCAAACUAAUGCAAUUGAAAUUUUAAAACCCCAAUUGAUAGGCCCAACUGCAAAACUAGGGCACACAACACAAAGUUCCGCUCCUUCCUAGUUUCUACUGAUAGACCCAACUGCAAAAUAGGGCACACAGCACAAAGUUCCGCUUCUUUCUAGUUUCUACUGAUAGACCCAACUGCAAAACUAGGGCACACAGCACAAAGUUCCGCUCCUUUCUAGUUUCUACUGAUACAACCAACGUUAGGAACACUCUUCCAAUCCCUAUCCAAAAGCUCAGAAGAAGCACUCGUUCACUUCCCAGUCCUCAAAUUGGAACAACAGAGGUAGUUUUUGAGAGAAAGUGAUGUUGGAGAACGAGGCAAAUCCUUAUCUCAGCAAGACAACUCGCCUGCCACGGAAACGAUUCUAUCGGGCACGAGCUCACAGUAACCCAUUAAGUGACGCUCAUUUCCCAGUUCCAAUCACGCCUUCUCAGGUUGAUUAUUCCCUUCAUUUCCCGCAACUCUUUCCAUCAUCUGAUCAAGAUGCUAGUUCCAAAAAGAUCCAGUUUGCAGACAUCGGUUGUGGUUUUGGAGGUCUUUUAAUUAGUCUUUCGACCCUUUUCCCUAGGACCCUGAUGAUUGGUAUGGAAUUGCGGGACAAGGUAACGGAGUACGUCAAGGAACGGGUCUUGGCAUUGAGGAUCGCUAAUCCUGGUCAGUACCAGAAUAUCUCGGUUGUCCGGACUAACUCCAUGAAAUACAUUCCAAAUUACUUUGAGAAAGGACAGCUUUCAAAGAUGUUUUUCCUGUUCCCUGAUCCUCACUUCAAGGAGAAAAAUCACCGCCGUCGGGUGAUCAGCCCACACUUGUUAGAUGAGUAUGCUUACACUCUUGAGGUUGGUGGGAUUAUAUACACAAUUACAGAUGUAGAAGAACUUGGAGCGUGGAUGAAGACUUGUUUGGAGGGUCACCCAAUGUUUGAAGUGCUCACAGAGGAAGAACUUGAUGUCGAUCCAGUUGUAAAGCUCUUGAACUCUGCAACUGAGGAAGGACAAAAGGUUGCGCGAAAUGGAGGGCAAACUUUCAAAUCAGUUUAUAGACGCAUUGUGCCGAAGGUUUGACUUUCAAAAGUGCAGAUGUUCAUGAACUAUCAUGCAUCAACAUGUUCUGCCAGUGGCUAUUCAUGGUCACCUCCACCCUGUACCUGUAGCAUGGUAUGGUGGUAAAUGCCUAUUUAAACUCCCUUCUUUAUUAAUGUCAAAAGAAUCUCCAUGCUGAUCAUCUUUUUCUUUCUUUUCUCUUUUGGAAUUUUGAUAUUCUUUGUUAGACUACACCCACAUAUGGCGAUUAAUUGAAAACCUAAUGAAUUGUGAUCGUUUUGCAUCAACCUAGACAUUGUUGUCUUCCCUCUUUUUCUGUUAAACUUAUUCCCGUUCGUGUGAAAACAGGCUGUUACUGCUUUAUGUAACUUAAUGAUCAGUGAUUGGGCUGAGAAUAAAUUAGUGUUGAAGGUA